CAUAAUGAAGGUGCUCGCGGUCCUGCUUCUGGGGGUGAUUGCCUCCGCCUCGGCUCUCGAGAAGCCGGUCUUCUGGAAGGAUGUGCCUGUGGGCAAGGCCUCGAUCGAGGGACGCAUCACCAUGGGCUAUCCGGCCUACGAGGGCAAGGUGCCCUACCAGGUGGGCUUGGGAUUCACCAAGAACGGCGGCGGCACUUGGUGCGGCGGCUCCAUCAUUGGCCACACCUGGGUGAUGACGGCCAAGCACUGUACCGACGGCAUGGAGGCAGUGACCAUCUACUACGGAGCCCUGUGGCGUCUGGAACCCCAGUAUACCCACUGGGUGAGCCGCAACGACUUUAUCGAGCACGGAUCCGGUGACAUCUCGCUGAUCCGCACCCCACAUGUGGACUUCUGGUCGCUGGUCAACAAGGUGGAGCUGCCCAGCUUCAACGAUCGCUAUAACAACUACCAGGGCUGGUGGGCUCUUGUCUCCGGCUGGGGUAAGACCUCGGAUGAGGGUGGUGUCUCUGAGUACCUGAACUGUGUGGAUGUCCAGAUUGGCGAGAACUCUGUGUGCGAGAACUACUAUGGCAGCUUUUCUGGUGACCUCAUCUGCAUCCCGACGCCCGAAAACAAGGGCACCUGCAGCGGCGACUCUGGUGGUCCUCUGGUCCUCCACGACGGUGCUCGCCAGGUGGGCAUUGUCUCGUUUGGUUCCUCCGCCGGCUGCCUGUCGAAUGGUCCCAAGGGAAUGGUGCGUGUCACUAGCUACUUGGACUGGAUCCGCGAUCACACUGGAAUUGCUUACUAAGCGGGAUUUUAAAUAAACUUUUGAUAUGAAAUUUGAA